AUGGCUCUGAGAAAUCGACCGCCUCUCGAGGUGGUGUACGAGAGAGAGGACAAUGAUGUCCAAGUCGACAUCAUUGCCGUCCACGGUCUAGGAGCCAACGUCGACUGGUCCUGGACAUGGAAGGACAAGGCCGAUCCGGAUCGCCUCGUCAAAUGGCUAGAAGACCCUGACAUGCUCCCGGCCGUCGUUCCAAAGUCGCGGAUCAUGCUCUACAACUAUGAUUCCAGGUGGCAUGCCGACGCGCCGAGGACUCGUCUUCAGCUGUGCGGUGAGGAUUUCGCCCGCGCCGUCCAUACUUUUCGCAGGGGAGCGGCUGGCCGACCUAUCGUCUUUGUCGGACACAGCUUGGGCGGAAACGUCAUCCAGCAAGGCCUCUUGUACGCCAACUCCGAAGACGACUUCAAGGACGUCGCAACGUCCGCAGUCGGCAUCGUCUUCCUCGGAUCCCCUCUAAGUGGCACAAAACUUCAAUUCCUGCCCCAUAUCUUGGCGGCCGUCAUGUCGCCAGCAGGCUCCCACGCGGGAAUCAUCAAGGAAUUGGCCUACGGCGACCCAAGUCUUCGAGACAAACUACACAGCUUCUGUCGGAUGCUCAACACCCUCUCGAUCCCAACCUCCUGUUUCUUCGAGCUGUACGAGUCGGAUUACGGACAGCGUAAAUUUGUCGGCGGCGUGGUCAAAGGAAUGGUAGUCGAAGAGACGUCGGCCUGCAUCCCAGGGCUUAGUAGGAUACCACUCCAAGCGGAUCAUUUUAAGAUGAACAAAUUCUCUGGCCCGAACGAUCGCUCAUUCUUAAAUGUCUCGGAGGAGAUUCGCAAGAUGUGUGCGGAUGCACGACAUGUGAUACAACGCCGGCUGCACCCGCACCCCAUCAUUACUGACAGAAACGACCUCCUGACCCGGAACCCCGAAACCAAAGACUGUCUUCGAGCCCUCUUUUUGACCGACCCGUUCGAGGAUAUGAAGGCGACGAAACGAAAAAAAGGUGGCCGCGCCACAGGCACCUGCGACUGGAUUCUUGGAACCGAGCCUCUGACCAUCUGGCUCAGCGGCAAAUGUGCGCCAAGCCCACAGUCCGUGUCGACUAACGUCCUCUGGCUGCAUGGGAACCCAGGGACGGGGAAGACCACCAUGUCCAUGUUCCUGGCCGAGGAGCUGUCACGUAUCUUCUCCGCCACAACUCAGAAGACACUCGCCUACUUCUUCUGCGAUUCCAGCUAUGACACGCGGAAAACAGCAACGGCAGUUGUUCGUGGGCUUCUUCUACAGCUUCUGCAACAACAUCCGUCGCUACUCGGCCACGUUUUGCCCAAGUUCGAGGAACGCGGAGCCAAAGUUUUUGACUCGUUCGACGCUCUUUGGGCUAUGUUGAUAAACGCUGGCGCGGACAAGGCGACGGGCCACAAGUACUGCAUCAUCGACGCUUUGGAUGAGUGCGAACCCGGCUCGCAGGAAAUGCUUCUGGACCAGCUUCAGGAGACAUUUGGCGCCGACACAUCUGCCGAUCAUGAGCUAAAUCUUAGCAUAUUGAUCACAAGCCGGCCGUAUCCCGAGAUCCGCGAAUCCCUCAGCACCUUCUCGAACGUGGACUUGUCGUCUUUCAAAGAAUCGAAACGAGAUAUCGACAAGUUUAUCGAUGAGAGGGUAGCGGUUAUGAAAGACAAGAGGAAAUACACUAGCAAAGUUGCAGAUCAAAUCAUCCAGAUCCUUCGGGAAAAAUCAGAAAACACAUUUCUAUGGGUAGGUUUAGCCUGCGAAGAACUAGCAUCGAAAGGUGUUGCUUCCAAAGACGCUGUCAAACGCCUCCAAUCGAUGCCCCGGGGGCUCCAUUCGCUCUAUAAGAAGCUCCUAGAUACAGCUCUUGAGUCAGGCGGUAACGAUGGGGUCAUGAUUCAACAUCUCUUGAGUUUCAUCGUGGUUGCUUUACGUCCCCUGAGUGUACUAGAGCUCGCCACAGCUUGUGAACUCUAUCAAGACGAGGAUGAAGAGGAGCGGAUGCAAUUCACGAUGGAGCAGAUCGAGUCCUGUCGCUUAAUGGUGCUGGUUCAAGACGGCAAAGUGCUCUUGCUACACCAAUCCGUCAAGGACUUUCUGAUGAAACCCUUGGGCUCUGAUGGUCAUCCUUUAAUCCAUGAACUCGAAGUCCAUGCCAGCUUUGCCGCUCGAUGUGUCGAUUAUCUCAUGAGGCACGUCCCUCACGCCCCUCUACCCAGUGAGCCGCAAGGUGUAAUGGACGAAUUUUCAUCCUACGCGGCGGACUUUUGGCCUGAUCACGCGCGUAUGGCCAAGUCAAAGUUUAGAAUCAAGGAUACUCAGGCUGAAUUCUUCGCCGUCGACUCUCAAAGCCGGGAGGCUUGGCUGAGAUGGUUAAGAGGGCCAAGUCAUGACCCCUAUCCCUUUCCGGACAUUCCCCAGCAAUUUUCUGUUUUUCACGUGGCUGCUCGCUGGGGAAUAGUUCAAAUGGUAGAUUAUGCCCUUCUCCCCCAAAGCAAUCAGGAUGUGUUGGCACAAGCAGGUGAAUUCAUGGACACUGCGUUCGUAAGUUCGGAGGGAGUGACGCCUUUAGAAGAAGCCGCAACAUCCGGUUACGUCGAGGUUUCUCGCCGCAUGCUUGAUCGAGCCAUGCCUGAGAUGUGUGUAUCGGAGAAAGUUGUAAGAGCUGCAGCAAGGAAUUCGAGGAACGGUGACGAGGUUAUGGAGCUUCUCUUAGUUUUGAGGAGAGACCAGAUCACCGUCACUCAGGAAGUUCUCAAAACUGCAGCAGGGAAUUGGGGGUGUGGCCACGAGGUAAUGGAGCUUCUCCUGAAUCGGAAAGGAGGCCAGAUUAUCAUCACGGAGGAAGUUGUCACAGCUGCAGCAGCGAAUACUGAGAACGGCCACGAGAUGAUAGAGCUUCUCUUGGGUCGGAGAGGAGAUGAAAUCGCCAUCACGGAGGAGGUUGUCACAACCGCAGCAGAGAAUAGACGGAGCGGGCACAAAGUGAUGAAGGUUCUCCUGGAUCGGAAGGGGGACCAGAUUACCAUCACGGAGAAGGUUGUCACAGCUGCAGCAGAGAAUGGACGGAGCGGCCACGAUGUAAUGGAGCUUCUCUUGGAUCGGAGAGGAGCUGAAAUAACCAUCACGGAGGAAGUUGUCACAGCUGCAGCAGCGAAUACUGAGAAUGGCCACGAGAUGAUAGAGCUUCUCUUGGAUCGGAGAGGAGCUGAAAUAACCAUCACGGAGGAAGUUCUCAUAGCUGCAGUAUGGAAUUGGGGGAACGGCCACGAGGUGAUGGAGCUUCUCUUGGAUCGGAGAGGAGAUGAAAUCACCAUUACGGAGGAAGUUAUCAUAGCCGCAGCAGGGAAUUGGAGAAACGGUCAUGAGGUGAUGAAGGUUCUUCUGGAUCGGAAGGGAGACCAGAUUACCAUCACGAAGGAGGUCAUCACAGAUGCAGCAGAGAAUCGUGAGAACGGUCACGAGAUGAUAGAGUUCCUCUUGGAUCGGAGAGGAGCUGAAAUCACCAUCACAGAGGAAGCUGUAAGUGAGAUAGCAGCUCGCUUUGAUUCCUUUAUCAUGGCCCUUCUCUUGGAUCGGAAGGGAGACCAGAUCACGAUCACGGAGGAUGUUGUCAUAGCUGCAGCAGGGAAUUGGAGAGACGGUCAUGAGAUGAUGAAGGUUCUCCUGGAUCGGAAGGGAGAUCAGCUCACGAUCACGGAGGAUGUUGUCAGAGCGAUAGCAGCUUCUUUUGAUUCCCAUAAUAUGGCGUUUUGCUGUCACGGAAGACGUCAUCACGCCUAUAGCAGGGAAUAA